AAAUCACUUUAUGAAUACCGUAAUUUGGGGUGAAAUUGAUCUCCAGGGGUGAAAUUGAUCACUACAUCUUCUUAAAAUGUUUUUAAAUUUAGCGCCAAAUCUGUUCGGUUAUCGAGGUUGGCAGACAGCUCAACCGAACGGUGAAACUAUAGUCAUCACUUCUGCAUAAUCUCACGUAUGAUUAUGUACUCUGUCUUGGCUAGAAUAAUUGUUUUAUCUGUAGCGAAUAACAGAAGGCCUUUCAGACAUUUGAAAACUUUGGCUGGUGAACAAUGGUACGCACGUACAUAAGGAAGCUGGGGGCUAGAAGGUACAAGGACUAUAGUAGUGAUGUUGUUGAACAAGCGUUAGCAAAAGUAACCGAAGAAGGCUGGAGCUUACGACGAGCUUCUCGGGAAUAUAAAAUACCUUUUGGAACACUAAAUAAUAAAUAUCAUGGACGCCAUCAUAGAAUAAAUGGUGGGCAAACAGUAUUUUCCAAGAGCGAAGAAAAAGCGUUCCUUUUUGCAGCAAGUAUCUGUGCAGAGUGGGGGUUUCCUUUAGAUACAACUGAUUUAAGAUACUUUGCCAAAAAUUAUUUGGAUAGCCAAGGACGUAACGUAGCCGUAUUUCGGAAUAAUCUACCCGGAAAUGAUUGGGUUUAUUCUAUGCUUCAAAGAUAUAGCAAUGAUAUUGUGAAAAAAGUAGCCGCAAACAUUAAACGCUCUCGAGCUUCUGUGACAAGGCAAACCAUACAAGAUUAUUUUAAUAAUUUACGCCUUACUCUGGAUAAUAUUCCACCAUCAAACGUAUUCAAUUACGAUGAGACCAAUAUACAAGAUGAUCCAGGAAAGAAAAAACUGUUAUUCAAACGCGGUACCAAAUAUCCUGAGAGAGUAUGUAACUUCACUAAAAGUGCUACUACUAUUAUGAUGUGUGGGUCCGCAUCAGGUGUUCUGUUGCCACCAUAUAUCAUAUAUAAAUCUGAAAAAAUGUGGCUCCAAUGGACCGAAAAUGGGCCCAAAGGAAAUCCAUGCUGUAACCAAAGAUGCUGUGCAUCGGGAGCAAGAUAUAAUCGCACAAGUCAUGGUUGGAUGGAUGCGCAGACAUUCACCGAAUGGUUUACGUCGACUUUUUUACCCCACGCUAAGCAAUUAGAAGGUCGUAAAAUUCUGUUGGGGGACAAUUUGUCAUCACAUUUCACUGACGAAGUGUUGCGUUUAUGUGAGCAAAAUAAUAUUGCCUUUGUUUGUCUGCCUAAAAACUCUACUCAUUUAACUCAACCUUUAGAUGUAGGUUUCUUUAGACCUUUUAAAAUGUCCUGGCGAUCAGUGUUACUGAGAUGGAAACAAUCGCAUUUAUCUUCAACCACAGUGGAUAAAAAAGAUUUUCCAUAUUUGCUUUCAACUGCUUUGACUGAAAUGGAUAAAAAGACUGAGGAUGGUAAUGGUGCCAUUAGGUUGGAUUUGGAAGCGUCUUUCAGGGCAACUGGCAUUGUGCCUUUUGACCCAGAUCGUGUUCUACAAAAAAUUCCCGAAAACGAUAACGUCGAUCAAGAUGCUGUCCAUGACGUUUUGGUAAAAUAUCUGGAACAGCAACGCUUUCCAGCUGCACCUUCUAGAAAAAGUAUCAAGAGGCAGCGCCUAGACAUACAGCCAGGAAAAAGUGUGACAGCUCCAAAUGAAUCAUCUAGCUCUGAUGAUGAACCAGAACCAGUUUUGCAAGACAACUCCGACGAUGAGGUUCCUGAAGAAAUGCAUGAAGAAACGGAAUAUUUUUCCGCAAAUAAGGAAAAUAUAAGGAAAGGAACAUAUUUGCUAGUUACAGUUCUAGGAGGCAGUCGAAAAAAAACAACGUAUAGGUAUGUCUCAGUCGUACAGGGCAUAACAGAUCAUGGAAUUGAGGUUCUGGGUAUGAAAGCGAUGAAUACCACGCGAAACACUUUUCAAGUUGUGGUUAAUGACCAAUUUAUUGUUGAAGAAGAGGAUGUCAUAGCGGUUCUUCCUAACCCUCAAUUGGAAGAACGCGAUGGAGAAAUCAUUUACAAAUUCAAAAAGGAUAUUGACGUGAAAGAACUAUAAAUUUUGUCGAAGUCCAAGUUGUCUUAUGUUGCUUAGAAAAAUAGAUUUUUUGUUUGUUGGCCAAUACUAGUAUGAUAACUGCAAUGUAUUCUUAAUUUAAAAUAAAGAUUUGGAAAAAAUGUCAUAUUUAUUUAAAAUAAAAAAGAGAGCAUGACCAUGUUUCCUUUCAGUUGCAUUGAUCAAUUUCACCCCCAUCUGUUUUUGAAGAAUAAUUUUUAAACUAUCAAAAAUAAUACAUUUUGGAUGAAAUUGAUCAAUUGUAUAUGCUUAAUACGACGUGUACGUUCGAUAAAAUGUAUGCGAUCAAAUUCGC